AUAUGUUGACAGACAUUUGCUGGUACAUGGUCAAUUUAAUGUUCCACUGCGGCUCGCCCACAGAAAGUGUGGAUACAAAUAUGUAUUAUUGAAUAAGAAGAAGAAACCUAUCUACGAAGAGCUAGUUGAAUACCAAUCGUGGAGAGGCAUUGUGAACCGAUGCCUUGUAAUGGAAAGAGAAUAUAUUACAGAAAAUAGUAAGUUAACUGAAUAAUUUAAUGCAUGCGAACUGUUGUUACUGAAUCGAGGAUCGACUAGUGAUAUUGUCGAUAAUCAAUAGUUUUUAUUUGCAUGAACUGUAUGCCAAAUCUAUUUUUGUCUUUUCAGAAAUCUUCCACAAGUAUGAUGGAUUUAUAUACCCCAAACCAGGCGGAAUAUCUUGGGACAGAUUUUUUCCAUCUGGUUCCGCAAUGAAUGACAGGAGAGCAUUUUUUCGAAAAUUUUUCCCGAAGUGGAGCGGGUUUUAUGUGAAUUCUUUUGAUGACAAAAUUCAACCAGUUCAAGCACUACAAAAUCUUGAAUAUUUGGUAGAAGGCAUGUCCGCUGUUUGGACAUCUACCUCUGGAUAUUCUUAUCGUCAUACUGUUGAUAGUUACAACCUUAAACUUGGGGAGGUAGGCGCAACAAGUAAUUAA